AUGCCACAUAUAUCUGAGCCAUUUCUACUUACAGGGCUGCCUCAUACCUCUAAAGUCAAGCCUUCUUCUGUGAAGGCAUCAUCAGCAAUUUGGGGCAAAGCAUCUUCUGUAUGCCUUGGGAUUUCGAAUAGUUCGAUAACUUCUUAUUCUCUAUUACCCACCCCAAGAUUACUAUGGACACACUCUCUACCCCCAAAUAGUACAGUUACGGCAUUACAAGUCUUUAAAAGUCAGGAAGAUUCUCUCACAGUGGUGGGAUUUGGUGUGUAUGAAAGAAAGAAGCAUUUUGUUAAGUUCAUUGAGAUUGAUGAUAAAAACUCAGGGGAUGCAGUUGACAAGCCAGCAACUUCUUUUCCUGUUCCUGGUGAGGUAAGUGGAAUAAAAUUUUCUGCUUCCGGUGAGCGGGUUUAUGUUAUUCUUAAGAAUUCAUGUGUUCAACUAUACGCCCUGCCUGUUGAGGAGAACAAUGUCAAAGAGAUAUGGUCAUCGAAGACCAAGGCCAGUCGGACCCUGAUUCAUUACUCUGUUAUACCGCCAUCAGGAGAUGGAGAAGGCCCGGAGGAUGGAUCAGUUGUAUUAGUGUCCAAAAGAGAGGUUGGAAAGAAGUCCAUGAUUGAAGUGCGAAUUUUGGCUUUAGAUUCCAAAGGGUCAUAUGAAUUAAUUACUAGGGAUAUUGAAGUCUCUGAGGAAGAGCUCAAAUAUGGACUUGCAUUGGCAUACUAUGAGGGAAACCUUUACAGAUAUAGCUCUAGAGAAAAGAAGAUUUAUGUUGCGCCGAUUCUUAAUGGUGGCGACCCUACUACCAGUAUUUAUAGCGCCAUUUUUUCUGUUCCUUCGGAUGUCAGUGAGGAGAGCAGCUCCUUGAUCUCUACACCUUCUUUACUUGCCAUUGGAAGAAACCUAUUUUUAUCUGAUGGCAAGUCUGUGUUACUUAUUGACACCCAAUACCAUACAACUAUCAGCCAGAAGACUAUAAAUGAACCUCUUACUUCAAUCUUAGGAUAUGUUGAGUCAUCUUCAACAGUUAUAGGAGUCUCGACGUUUGGAUCAUCUGCGUCAGCAUCCAACAAUUCAACUCAGUCAGUUAUAGGAAUUAAUGUUGAUAGUGGCAAGGGAACGUUGUUGGAGUCAUUAGGGAAAGGAAUUGGUGAAGAGGAGGACCCUUGGAGGCUGGGAUAUUCUGAUAUUUUUAUCAAAAAGAACUACAAUCUUCGAGAGUACUCUAAUGUUAUUAAAGAUAUCAUUGCUACGGCACAAGAUUAUGCUGCGUCAAUUUUAACUGGCCUAUCGGAGUAUAAAGAUAAAAGUGAUAUUAUCAACUUCGAGCAUAAGGCGAUUAGUUUCCUCAAGGGAAAAGAAUGGGACGAAAUUGAUGAACUGACAAAUGAAAGUAAAGAAGUUUUUGCAUAUGAAGAUAAAGACAGGGAUGUAGAUAGAGAGUUCAUAUUUGAGUUAGUUGACUUGGUGUUUGAUAAUUCAGAUAUAUCCGACCCCUCAUCAUCUAGUACACUCAAAUUGUAUCCUGAUUUUGUCCCUCAAAAGCUGAUUAUUUAUCUUCUGACCCAUCCUCUAUUCCCAACAACAGAACUCCCAGGGCUAUUGAACGUACUUUCGCAAUAUCCAAGAUUGUUGCGCCAGGCCAUUGUAACGGCCCCGGCUGUGGAAUGUUUUGAUUUGGUUGAGGCACUUUCUUUAGCCGAUGACGAGAUUUUCCGAGAUAUUGUAAACCGAGUUCUGGAGGAAUAUGGUCAGGAAGAGAUUUUCGAAUCAAUCAAACUUAAGUAUGGUACCGGUGAGAAUAAAUCUAAGGCGACCCUUGAUGUCGUCAACAGAUUAAUUAAGCUUGACGUUGGGUGGCAGCUGAUUCCAUGCUUUGUAGAUGUUGGUGGACUAUUUGGUUGGGACUACACAGUAAUAAGUGAUCUUUACAAGUCGGUUACUUCGCAAGUUGAGGCGUUGGUUUCCAGCGCAGAAAUCAUGACACUUAUUGAUGAGACGUUGCGUAAAUUUGAUGCUACAGUAGAUGCCGCUGAAGUUGGCAGAAGGUCCAAAAAGGCCCUUUCGAAACAGCGAGGCUUAUCUACAACCUCUAGCACCGAGAAAGCUAGAAAGGGCCCAGAACUAAUAUCGGCCGAACAACGUGAACAAGAAAGAAUGAGAAAUCUGCUCAGAUUCGGUAUUGAUUCAGGAAGUCCGGGUGAUGUCACACCUUUGAACCCAGCUGAUGCGGUGCUGCAAAAGAAGAAGCGGGCCGUUAGGGAAGGUAACCUUAUCUCUAGAAAAGUUCCGCUUUACACAGUUGAGAAACUUGUAUUAUAA